CAUUAUAUUUUUCGUCGCAAACAUGACAUUUUGGAAAAAUUAACUCCCGUCUUGAUCAAAGAAACAUAGCUAAAAUCGCGAAGGCUCUCAAAAGAAUUUAUCUGAUAUUUUUGCGCACAACUACUUUCGUUUAUUUUAAGCGUAUUUUAGUGGACGUAUAUAGUGAACGUCGUAAAAGCCGGUGACACCUAUAAAUCAUGCACAAUUACCACGAAGAAUAUACGUAUGUGCGUGUCCUGCGCAUAUACUGCAACGAGAAUGCGAUUCACUCGCAAAUUAUACUUAAGCACUUGCAGCGGAGCUUUUUAUCGACUAUAAUUCCUGUUAUUCUCACACGGAUACAAAUCGUCAGUUUAAUAGAGCGGAUCGCCGUAUCCUUAACAUCCUCGAGAAAAAGAAUUAUUCGUCUGCUAAAGAAUUCUACUGGAAAGACUUACACUGGCUGCACCGCUCUCGUCUGAGUGACCUAAAUAGGAUCCGCAAAAACUUUUGGCAUAGCCAGAAUGAUGACAAACAGACGGAAUAAAAUGAUGCAUAGCAGUUCCUGGCCCGAUCGAGCAGCGCAAACGGUGAAAAUGCGCAUCGAUCCUUUAUCUCGUGCCUUUACCAUUAUUCCAACGAGUCGCGAAACGGUAUAUCGAUUGGAGCAAACUGCACCGCGAUCCGAUUACCUGGAAGAAGUCAUUCUCCUAGAUCGAUGCGCCCCUAAAGGAAUCGCAUCCGUGAUGAUAAAACGAAAGUUAGUCGACGGGAGACCGUCUAUAAAUAAAAAGCCUACGAAUAGCAUUGAAAAUUCUGACGUAAAUAACGAAACGAAGAAGAGAAAAAGCACCAACCGAUAUUUCAUGCCACGCAGUCUCUCGUCGAUCGAGACUACUGCAGUUCAUCAAAACGGUAUCAUUGUGUUGGAGGAAAAUAUUUUCCGAGAUCAAUCGAGAUGUAAGUCGGAUUUUUUCGCAAGAAACGACGAAGCGAAAAAAACAGAAGACUCUACGAGAGCAUCUCUGCCGAAAACGACGGAUACGAUGGCGGAGGUCGCAAAAUUAUUUCCGAAAAAUUCACACGGCCCAGAAGAACCCGUAAAUGCAGUCGCCCAACUAACAAACAAAUCCCCCUCGUUCGAGACUAACGCCUUUGAUGUAAUAGUAAACGUUGCAAAUGAGAGACUGCACGCAGCCAGCGUCGCGCAAGGGGAUAAUUCACAAACACGAGAAACAGAUGGGGUGAGGAAGGAGUGUCAGAUUGCCGUUUCGCCUGCAUUCUCACCGAGGCACUCUAUGUCAUCACCGCCGCACAUCAAGGUGGACGACUACGACGACUAUGCGACAUCCGUUUCAUUUUCGUCGAAGGGGGAUCAUCACGUCUGUACCAAGUGCACGUCCGAAGGUCUCCUCCGCUCGGAAAUCGAUCCUUUCCGUUCCCCAUCGCGCGCCAAAAGAAACGCAACGGCGGCGAAAGCGCACAGUUUUCGACGCGAUGACUCGAUCAAACGCGAAAAAGAGGAGGCGUACGACAAACGUCAAAAUAAAGAUAUCUGGUACGCGGGAUGUUUACUCGGGGAGGCAAACAAAUUGGACGGACAGGGGAAAAAUGACGGCUUGUGUCCGGCACGACCGGCUAUAGACUUUAGAAAGGAAGCCACUCUCGGGCGACAUUAUUAUCCCGAGGGAGGUUGGGGAUACGUCAUUGUCACGUGCUCGGUGCUGGUGCAUUUUAUCGGGGUGGGUCUGCAACUCGCCGCGCCCGGAUGCUGGUACAUCACCGCCGAGGUUAAAUUUCGGCAUCCUCCCCUGCACAGCGCAGGGUGGCUGGGGGCAAUGUCGACGGGUGUCGCUCUACUGGUAUCGCCGGUGACGAUAGCGUUUUGCCGAAGGAAGAGUACAAGAGUCACGGCAGUUUUGGGCGGCCUCGUUACCGCGCUCGGCUGCCUCUUCACUUCUUUCGCCUCGCAGUUUCACCAAUUGUUCUUCAGUUACGGCACCGUGGUCGGGAUAGGAGUUGGAAUGACACGAGACUGCAGCACAUUGAUGGUGGCGCAGUAUUUCAAGAGGAAAAGAGAAUUGGUCGAAAUUUUCAUCGUGUCAGGAAGCGGCUUGGGUAUAGCAGUUAUGUCUGCUUUUAUAAAAGGGGCGAUCACUAAAAUCGGAUGGCGACUCGGCCUUCAGGCUGUCACAGGAGUGGUUUUUCUCACUUUCAUCCUUGGCACUUUUUACCGUAGCGCUUCGCUAUAUCAUCCUCAACGAAGAGCAAUUUUACAUUUAAAGAAUCAAAAGCGUAAAAUAAAAGAUAAAAACAAGGCCGAUGAUAGGCCACCCUUUUUCGAUUUUAGCACUUUGAAGAGUAAAACAGUGAGGAUUCUCUUGGUGUCUACCGGAAUUUCGGCGUUUGGGAUCAAUACACCGAUAUUUUAUCUGGCGCAUCAGGUCGAGGAAGAAGGUCUCGGGGAUGCGGUUGUUUUGCUGCAAGCUUACCUUGGACUCGCUUGGACUCUCGGCUGCAUAGCAUUCGGCCUUUUGGUCGUUCAUAGGAGCGUCGAAUGCAGGAUAGCCCGCCAAUAUCUCACACAAGCGGCUGUCUUUGUGUGCGGACUUUGUAUUCUCGCUCUCACCGCCGUUCAAGGAAAUUACCAUGGAUAUGUUAUAUUUGCAUGGAUUUACGGUAUCUUCUGCGGCGGCUAUCAUUAUAGCCUGAAGAUGUAUACGUACGAAAGAGUGAGGGCGAGGAAUUUCGCCAAAACAUGGGGUUUCGUUCAAUGUUCUCAAGCGAUACCAAUUGCGAUUGGAGUCCCAAUAUCGGGAUAUAUAAACGUGGGCUGCGGUGGUAAAGCUGGCUACUACUUCAGCUCGACAUGCGUCUUAGUUGGCAGUUUUACCCUCUUUUUCAUCGAUUUGCAUAGAAGAAAUUUGUCCAAGCAUAAGCAUAAAGUUAAUGGCACUAAACACACAUGCGUCUCGGACAACUGUCCUCAACGACGAAAACCGUCAUUCAGUCAAGAGCCCGAGAAUGAAGGACCUCAUGUGGCCGCUGCUGGAGCAGCUGGAGCGACGGCCGCUGCAGUCGUUCUAGGAGCUGAUAUUGUUCCAGUACAAGGUGAAGCAAUAGACGUCUUAGGAACGAAUAAACCGGAACUCACAUGCAUUUCGGAGGAAGGUAUCGCCGACAUGGAUUUACCCGACAAUCUACUGGAGGAUCUCGACUAUAUAGGAGACUGUAUAACCUCGUGUAAUAAGGUCGAGAACUAUCUCAUGCUUUCAGAAUUCGAGAAUAAUUUAAUCGCCGAGAUGCCGAUUAUUAUGGAUCGCCGUGGACGCAGAUGGUCCUUGGCGCGAUCCAAGACUGGCCAAUCUAAUUGUGGUCAAACUAGCGGCGUGCAAUUGACAGCUGACGAGGAGGAAGUAAAAUCGAAGUGGCGUUUCACUAAUGUACCAUCUAAUGCCAACACCAGAAUGAUCACUGUCAUCGACGAGGCUAGCGCAUAAUUUCGAGUACGAACAAUGCAACGUUAUUAAUCCGAAACUUGACAAGAUUGAGAAAAAUAAAGAUAAAAUAAUAACUGGGAAAAAAAAAACAUAAUAGAAUUUAUAAAUAGAAGGAAAUGUGCAUAAUUUAAUGCGUAUUUUUAAUGUAAUCUUUUUAAAAUACUCAGUCUAUAAAACUGAAAUUAAC